CCUCGGGCCGCCACCCCGCUCGCUCGCUCCUUUUCGGGUGGCUGGGGCCCCCCCGGCGGAAGGGCAGAGGCGGGGGCAGGGCCUGCGCCCACCCGGCUCCGCGUUCCCCUUCCCCCGCUCUCGACUCGUCCCGUCCCGCCCGGCUCCCCCCGGCCUUCACCCCGACCCUCCUUCUCCUCCCUCCCCCCUCCGGCCCAGCCGCUCGCUAAUUGAAGAGCCGGGAUUCCUCACCGAGAGGCGGUGCCUGCGCGCACGUAGUGUGACAUUUCCAUAGUCCGCCCGCUGCUGCCGGAGGGGCUCGGGGGCAAAGACAAAAACCGAGGGCUGCAGCCGCCGCCGGGAAGAUGAACAAGCUCUACAUCGGCAACCUCGGCGAGAACGUCAGCCCGCUCGACCUGGAAAGUCUCUUUAAGGACUCCAAGAUCCCCUUCUCGGGCCAGUUCCUGGUGAAGACGGGCUACGCCUUCGUGGACUGCCCCGACGAGAGCUGGGCCAUGAAGGCCAUCGAGGCGCUUUCAGGUAAAGUGGAGCUGCAUGGGAAACUCAUAGAAGUUGAGCAUUCAGUCCCUAAAAGACAAAGGAGUCGGAAACUUCAGAUCAGAAACAUCCCACCUCACUUGCAAUGGGAGGUAUUGGACAGUUUGUUAGCUCAGUAUGGAACAGUGGAGAACUGUGAGCAAGUGAACACUGACACAGAGACUGCAGUUGUAAAUGUAACAUAUGGCAAUAAGGACCAGGCUAGACAAGCAAUAGAAAAACUGAAUGGGUUUCAGCUUGAAAACUAUUCCUUGAAAGUUGCGUAUAUCCCCGAUGAAAUGGCAGCACAGCAACCUCCGCAGCAACAUCCCCAGGGACGACGUGGAUUUGGACAGAGGGGCCCUCCAAGGCAGGGCUCACCCAGCGCAACCACACGGCAGAAACCACAGUCAGACGUUCCUCUACGGAUGCUGGUUCCCACACAGUUCGUUGGAGCCAUUAUUGGGAAAGAAGGAGCAACCAUCAGAAAUAUUACAAAGCAGACUCAGUCCAAAAUUGAUAUUCAUCGUAAAGAGAACGCAGGUGCUGCUGAGAAACCAAUUACCAUUCACUCGACUCCUGAAGGCUGCUCAACAGCUUGUAAAAUUAUUAUGGAGAUCAUGCAGAAAGAAGCUCAAGAUACUAAAUUUACAGAAGAAAUUCCCCUGAAGAUACUGGCACAUAACAACUUUGUUGGUCGACUUAUUGGCAAAGAAGGAAGAAACCUGAAGAAAAUUGAGCAGGACACAGAUACUAAAAUCACGAUAUCUCCAUUGCAGGACUUGACACUCUAUAAUCCGGAAAGGACCAUUACAGUUAAAGGCAGUAUUGAAACUUGUGCCAAGGCCGAGGAAGAAAUUAUGAAGAAAAUCAGGGAAUCCUAUGAAAAUGAUAUUGCUGCUAUGAACCUUCAAGCACAUUUAAUUCCUGGAUUAAAUCUGAAUGCCUUGGGUCUGUUCCCACCUUCUUCUUCAGGAAUACCACCUCCUGCAGUGAGUGUUGCCUCUGCUGCUGCUGCUGCUUCAUAUCCGCCAUUUGGGCAACAGCCUGAGUCUGAGACUGUUCAUCUGUUCAUCCCAGCCUUGGCAGUUGGAGCUAUUAUUGGCAAGCAGGGACAGCACAUCAAACAACUUUCUCGCUUUGCAGGCGCAUCUAUUAAGAUUGCUCCUGCUGAAGGACCAGAUGCCAAGCUGAGAAUGGUUAUCAUCACUGGACCUCCAGAAGCUCAGUUUAAGGCUCAAGGGAGAAUCUAUGGAAAACUUAAAGAAGAAAAUUUCUUUGGACCUAAAGAAGAAGUGAAACUUGAGGCUCAUAUAAAAGUGCCAUCCUAUGCUGCUGGUAGAGUUAUUGGUAAAGGAGGCAAAACAGUAAAUGAGCUUCAAAACUUGACAAGUGCAGAAGUUGUAGUCCCUCGUGACCAGACACCUGAUGAGAAUGACCAGGUGGUUGUGAAAAUAACUGGUCACUUCUAUGCAUGCCAGCUUGCUCAGAGAAAAAUUCAGGAAAUACUGGCUCAGGUAAGAAGGCAGCAGCAACAGCAAAAAACAUUGCAAAGUGGACAGCCUCAGCCAAGACGAAAAUAAAGGUUUAGGAAAUGGCCCAUCAGAGACAGAUGCCAGACCAAAGACAGACUGUGCAACAGAGAGACGGGUGGUGAGCACCUGUUGAAGUUAUAUGCAGAAGAUCCACCAAGCCAAUCACCUGUUCGAGGACCAGGCAACCGCUGAACGCUGUCUCUGAGAAUGUAUUCUUUAGGCUCUCUCAAACUUUUGAAACCCAGCUUUAAAAUAAGGACCCCUUCACUUCCCUUUUGUUCUAUUCUCACAAUUUAACAUAAACUCGUUAGUCUUUUUUAUUGUUCUUAUUAUUCCCCAACAAUUUUAGAACUUGGUUUAAUGAAGCUUUCUCUUCUGAGUUCACUGGUUUAAAAACAAACAACAAAAAAAAAAAAAAGAAAAAAGAAAAAAGGAAAAAAAAGAAAAGGCAUUGCUCUUAUAGGUCCAGCUGUAAAAGAAGAAACACAUUUGGAGGGUGGGAUCGUGGGUGGGCUAGGGUUAGAGCAAGGGUAUCGACAAGAGUUUAAGUGUUAGUCCCAAUGUUGAAACAAGUGGCAUUUUUUAAAAACAAUUUGGUUGCAUUUUUACAUAACACUGCCAUGAAUAACCUAAGGGAAGUGUUGAAUGGUGUUGGCCAGGGCAUAAAAAGAUAAAUAUGCAUUUUACUAAACUACCUCAGGCAUUUAGUACCUCAAUGAGAAAUUGUUCCUUUUUUGCUUUUUUUUUGGUAUUUUGUAUACUUUAUAAAGCUAAUAGUUCUUGAGCAUUUUAUUUUUUUAAAAAAAAUUAAAAUUUGAUCAGCCACCAGCCAGGAGUACUACGGACUUAUCGGGGAAAAAUAUAGUAGAGCACUUCUAGCUGCUGGCUGAUGGGAGUAAGGUGGGUAAAAAAAACACGGCCUCAGAUUUUCUGAGGGCUUCAACACCAUCAUUUGUUUAAAAAAAAAUUCAGUGAAUGUUCAAAAGAUAGCGAAUGAUGCCAACAUUCUGAUAGCAGCAAUGCCGUUUAGUUUUCUUUUAAGAUGGGAUGAAAAAGUUUGUGACGGUACUUUUUUGGGAACAGGACAAGGAAGUGAUGGCAAGAGGCUGGGGUUGGGGGAAAAAUUUAGAAGGCUGCAAGAGGCUGAAUUUUUUUUUUGUGCUACUUGAUUGAAUGCAUGAACCCUUUGUGCCUUUGACCAUCACUACCUAAUAAUGCUACAUUUAACCAUUUGCAGCCCAUUUGGACUUUGCCAUUUUGUUCAAAGAGCAAGCUUCAUCUUCAGUUUGAUAGAACACUCGAUCUGCUAGAGCGUAUUGGAGGCCGCGAGGGUCUCUGCUGUCUGCAGAUCAUAUCAUACUGCUUUCAGUUACCACGAUGGGGGAAGGUCAAACAGUGUUUGAUCACGUUGAAAGAUAACGAAGGCUAAGUUUACAUAUCCAGCCGCUGUUAUGGGCCACACUAAGCCACUUUGAAGGUUUUGAAAACUAUUACGAGAAAAAAGAAAACCAACAACCUCUCUAGCCUGGCUUAUAAUAGAUGCAGCAGGAUUUAUGCACGUUCUGCAACCAACCAUUAGAGAAAAAAAUGUCAAAAGGCAGGGAUAACAGGAAAGUUACCAAAUUUCUUAAUUUCAGAAUGUAAUUUGAAUGAUGAUUGUGGUAAUAGUGACACAUUCAAGUUUCUACAAUAAACUUCAGUCUACCUCAGUUUAAAAAAAAAAAAUGUGGCAACACAUGGUGCAUAAAGACUGCUGUGUGUGUGUGUGAGCGCGUGCGCGCCUGUAUGUGUGUGGUCGACAGAGCCAUGCUAUUACCUCUGAACCUUUUUUUGUGAUGUUUUUUGUGCAUGAGAUGAUCAGAAUCACCAUGCUGCACUGAUUUGAGGGGCACAACGAGCAAAAACAUUUGUUUCAUCAUUUUGUUAUCUACCUCUUAGGUUCAUGUUGAAAUAGAGGCAUUACUACAUAGACUAGAUAAUUUUCCCAAAGAUCAUUGUUGUACAGAUUAGAUAAUUUUGAAAAUGGUCUGAAGUGUUUUUCCUGCAUCUCUUCUUUACUAAUUGGUUUAAAAACCACAAACUUAUGUUGUAGUUUUAGCAAAGAAAAAUGAGUUUCUUUUCCUUUUUUGACAGUGACCUUCAUUCUAGCCUUUAGGAUAAUUUUUUUUCUUACAAUGAAUUUAAAAUUACUGAAGUAUGAAAAGUCAUAGCAUUUUAAUUUUUGUCGAGGCUUAAGUCAGUCUGAUGUUCCUUUCUUAACAUUUGAGAAAGAUUUGACUUCAUUAUUUUCCAUAAAAAUUACUUUACAAAUAGGCGCUGCAUUUACAUCUACUGAUUUAAUUGCUGUCAUAUCUCUUAAAUUUCUAGACUUAGUAUGAUAAAUCAUGUUUUAUUUUCAAUUGAGACUUGGUAAUUUGGAGUAUUUGGGAAUAGCUAGGAAGUAAAUACUGUAAAUGAUUUCAAUAUCCACGAAGUAUGGAUCAUUUUUCAUCUGUAAUGUGCCCCCCAAUGCAGCUCCACUUGCCAGAUGCCUCUGAAUGGAAUAAAGAGUUUAACUCCUAUCAUCAGAUACAGUUGUGUGUUGUUUUUUUAAACUAAUGAGGCAUGAUGACUGACUGUUCUAAGUAUUUACCGUGCCGUGAUCGAGUUGUUUUCCUGUCCGUAGUAAUAACUGAAUAAGGAUGAACAGUCACCCGCAGGCAUUCCGUAGCUGCUAGGGCAUCCAGCAGCUAAGUUACGAUGUGCACACUUCCCAGUACAAGCAGUGACUUCUGUGACUUCCAGUUCAUCUUUUCCCUUUCAUACAACAACGCUGUGUGGUUUAGUGCAACCUUUAGUUCGCAGUUUGUCUUAUGCAGAUAACUUAGUCUGGUUUGCUCUGGAAGGAGUAUGUGCACAACAGUUGUGACCCAGUGCAAACCCAAAGGGAUCUCGAAGCAGGUUGCAAGUGAGAUCUCAACUGUAGUUAACUUUUUUUAGCUGCUUUUUACCUAGUCUUUACUUUCAUGCUUUGUGUGUGAUGCAGCUGUGCAGUGAGCAUGGCCCCAGAAGCCUGAAUCGCCUCAUUAGCGAGUAAGUGUGGCACCUUGUAUCUCACUUUGUUCCAUCCCUCCCCCUGUCCCAAAUGCACCCGUUGCCAGCAAGGCGGUGCCCUCAGUUAGAUCCCCAGCGAGGUGGUUUCUUCUCUCGAUUUAGAUCCCUUUGAGCAUUAUUUGAAAUGAGGUAUUUCAUUAUGACUGCUCCAAGGUGAGAGGGAGGUGUUGGGGAGCAAGGGAGAGAGUUCACGAAUAACAACUUUAAAAGAAAAGUGGAGUGGAAAACUAGGCUUGUUUUCCAAACUCUUGCAUCUUCCCACUUGCCCUCACGGCUCAUUUACUGAGACCAACCAGCAGAAAGAGAAAAGUGAAGAAAUGAUGCCUGUAGAAAGCACAGUGUAUGGUACUGCAUUUCACAGGGACCUUGAGCUCAUCUUUCCCAUGAGCUAACUUCUCAGACCUGGCAUCCCUGCCCUUUGAGCAACAUAAAUUAAGCCUCCCUCUGUAACGCUGGUGCAUUGGUCAUCGUUAAACCUCUGACUCGUUAAUCAUUUGCUUAAUCAUGAUGCUUUUAUUCGCUUCUAACCUUCCGAAGCUUUUAUCCUGGAGCUGCAAUUUCAAAAGCAUGCGCUCUUUCUGUUAGUUUCCAUCAAAUGGAGCAUGUUUGCUGUGCAGGAUAGCAGAGCCUCAACGUGGUACUUGGGCGUGGGGUUUGAAAAUGAACGUGAGAAAUCAAUGGAGUGAGCACUCAAGCUGGGUAAGCUGGGCUGUAACAGCUGCUAGCUCAAUUGAUGGAUGCGGACACUGCUUGAUGACUAAGUUACUCAAACGCAGUGCAGGAAAUUCUGUGACGUGGUGACAAAAGUUUCACAUUGUUGUUCAUCCCAUCGUCAAGGGAUCCCGUACAGAGCCAAGCCUGCACGGACCUCUGCAGAAGACUGAAUGCUGAAAUCUGUCUCACUGGACAAACUACACAGGGGCUUUCUUGUUUUACACAAGGAUCUCACAUUACCCAUGGAACUGAAACGUUCCCAAAUGUCCUUCCCAAAUGGAUUUAGUGUUGCACAGCAGUGACCAGCCAGAUUUUGUUAAUUCCAAGGACUCAAGAGUCGGGCCGAAGGCUCAGCGAGUCAGGUAGGGUGGCACGGAUUAUGACGGCUUGUGUUAAAUAAGGGGUGAAGAAGUGCUCUUCCGGAGCUGGAAGUUCUGAUUAAUAGCAAUCAGUGGAUUUUUCAGCUAACUCAUUUUCACAAUGUGCUUUGACAGUAAAUUGUUACACUUUUUUCAUGCAUUUUAGUGCUUUUUUUGUCUCAUACUUUUCUUACCAUCAUUCCUUUCCAAUGGUAAGAGUCCUAGACUUCACGUGACAGCAGUUCCUUAUCACUUACUGUUCUUUUCAAGGCUCUCAUUACUGUUCUUUGGUUACUAAAUGUAAGGUGUGCUGAGUGCAUAUAACAAGGUAAUGUGUGCUGAGUCUGCCUCCAUUCAUCUAGCAGUACGCAUCUUCCGCAAGGCUUUCAGGGAAUGCUCUGAAGUUACUCCUGCUCUCUCUCCUGGGAGGAAAUGCCUGAUUUAGAAGCCACCACAAUGUGUAAGAAAGCCAAGGUUAUCUUUCCUCCAGGUGGACUUCUUGCUGCUAAGUAUCAGGAAGCAUUCUGCAAAACUUUCUUUGCAGACAUGUUUACCACUAACACCAUCAAUUUUGUGGACAGAUCUAGUGUUACCUCUGUAAAUUAACUACAUUUAUUACUGUUCCUUGUUUAAUCUGCAGAACUAUCUGCUGCCUUCUAUCAAAGAGCAGGUGAGUCCACAGUAGUUCCUAAAAUAAGAGGGGAGACACAGCAGGAUAAAUGACCUGGUCUGAAAUGGGGCAGAAGAUAUUCUUUGCUUACAAACCAACCAAAAAAUUAGGCAUUACAGCAGCUGCUGUGUAGGGAGGAGAUGCUGUCUGGGCUUGAAUUAGGCUAUGGCUGGAAAUAUGACUACCCUCAACAACUACUGCUCUAGAUGUAAGGUGAGCUUUUCCAGAAGGAAGAGAUCCUAAUCUAACAAUGAAAGCCUUGUUCUGUACUGAGAAAACAAGCAUCUCCUACAUAAAGAUUUGUUAUCAUUUUGAAGCUCUUCUAACUGGAUUUUAGCAGUUGCUGACCAAGAACAGUGUCCAAUGACAUCUGAAAGUGCUGAACUGUCUGUCCAACAGCAAGUCAUGCUGAGUAAUGAAGGGCUUCCUCUAGGACUAUC